UUUAUUUUUGUGAGUCAUUUGUGUUCUCUUUUUACAUUUUUCUUGAGGUAAAAAUACACAAUCAGUCAAGAAAUUUUAAUAAUUCUGAAGUCCAAGUAAUAACCUACCAUGGAGGAAGACAUUAACAUCUUAAAUACUCAUCCUGAAAGUCAAGACCGUAGCAAUGUUCAACGUUUGAAGCUGAAACUUGCCACUAUAUGCCAAGCGCAGAGAUUUUGCGGAAUUUGCUUGGAGAGCUCGGACAAACUGUGGUCCAUCGAUACAGAGUUUGAUAUUGCUGUUAGUCAGUCAACACAUAAAAAACUACUGAAGGAUAUUAUUGACUACAUUCUCAAUGAUGAAAGUCAGCAAAUACUUGCAAGCUUUUACCUCUGCAGCAACUGUACGGAAAAAUCCAUCCAGUCAUACCUCUUCAUUUACAACGCUAAACAACUCUCCAAGAUAAUAUACGAGUGUAUGAACGAGUUGUACUCCAAAACUGUGGACGUCCAAAAUCAGUUGCAAUCGUUAGACGAUUGUGAUGCCAACGUUGUUAUUGUAUUGGAACAAGAACAUGAAAUGAGCAAGUAUACUGAAAUUGGGAAAAUGACUGAAAUUAUAGCUAAAGAAACUUCGAAAAAUGAUGCUUCAAUAUCAAGUAACACUAAACAAACUGAAAAUAACUUUACAACUGAAAUAGUGAGGCCAAUAGAAAUAGAAGAAAUUCACAUAAAUAAUGAUGAAGAUAUAAAUAAUCAAGAUAUAGAAAUUACAUUUAUAGAAGAGGAAAUUCAGUCAUCAGAAUUUGAGAUAGAUAAAGAGUACUCUCAAGUUAAAACUAUAGUAUCUCAGAAGAAAAAGACAAUACCCUCUAUAACAUACAAGUGUACCAGAUGCAGAGAAGUUCUACCAUCUUAUAAAAGUUACAAAGAUCAUAAGAAAAUGUGUAGGAAACGAUUAACAGGCCCUAAUAAGCUGCUAUUCAAUUGCAAGGUUUGCAAUGAAAAAUUUGUUACACAGAGGUCUUUAAACACUCAUUAUAAAUUGCAUUCGAAAGCAAAAUGUAAGGUCUGCCAAUUCAUAGUCCCCGAAGAGGAUAUGACAGAGCACAUGAGAAUCAACCACGAAGAGUACGCUCAUCUCUGCAAAUUAUGCAAUUUCUUCUCUUUUUCUGCCAAAGGAUUAGAAACGCACAUAGAAAAGAACCACAGCGGACCUCAAUGUGCUUUAUGUUUCAAGAAAGUCAAAGGAAAAGACUUAAAACUGCAUAAAUGCAAAUUCAACUGCUUAGAAUGUUUAGACAAUGUCUGUAUUCAUUAUAAAUACCUGGUCUCGUACAGAGAGCAGGUACUACAGAAGGCCACUAAAAUACAAUGCGUUGACUGUGAUUAUGUCUGCUAUAGGAGAGAAGCGUUGCUCGGUCACGUUAACAGAGAACAUUUAGACCAUCAUCCAUUCACUUGCGCUCAUUGUGAACAGCAAUUUUACUCGCGAACCACUUUGAGGUACCAUAUAAACCACUUCCACAAGGAGAGACACGUUUGCGAGUAUUGCGACCAGGAGUUCGGCUCUAAAGUCACUUUGGAAAACCACAGAAAGCUUUGUCAAUGCAUAGAAAAAGACUACAAAUGUGAUCAAUGUAAAAGUUCCUUUGAAACUUUAGAAGAAUUAGCCAAUCAUGUGAAGUUAAGACAUGCUUAUAAGGCCUUUGACUGUAAUUUGUGUGAAAAGAAGUUCUUGAAUAGCUCGAAAUUGCAAGAUCACAUGUUUAAAGUGCACAGCGGGAUUCAGAUUAAGAAAAAGAGAUCUCUCCUGGACUGCCCUAUCUGUGAAGAGAAAUGUGAUAAUAAAAGACAAUUGCUCCAGCACAUAGAAAUACACGGACCAGACGCAAGGUUCCCUUGUAAAGAAUGUGAUAUGGAGUUCGAUUGUAUCAGAAAACUACACCGUCAUAUCCGCAUACAUUACGACGAUGUGAUUCAGUGUGUCGACUGCAAGAAAGUGUUGACCAAAACGUUUUUUCCGCACCACUCUGUAUAUUGCAACGUUGGUCGUGAGGGUAAUGAAGUCUGUACAUGUGAGACUUGCGGUAAAACUUUUACUACUGAAGUCCAGUUUAAGUUCCAUAUGAAAGUACAUCUGGAGAAAGUGCCGUGUCCGAUAUGCAAGAAGCCAACGAAGCCGAUUUAUAUGAAAGGUCAUAUCAAACGAAUGCAUGGGAAGCCAAGGACACCUAAAGUGCCAAAGCCAAAGUAUGUGAAGAACGUGAAAUGUGACUGGUGUGGACACAUGGUGUCUCGGCUGGGUGAAUUGGAGACUCACGUCAAUAGAUUCCAUUUAAAAGUGAAGCCGUAUCAAUGUAAAUAUUGUCAGAAGACCUUUUUCGGUAAGGAGCGUUUGAGGGACCACCUCAUAACGCAUACAUCAUCGAGGGCAGUUUACUGUAACAUUUGCAAUCAGAGAUUUGAAAAUAAACAGUGUCUGAAGCUCCAUAUGAGGAAACAUACCGGUGUGAAGCCAUAUACUUGUGAGAUCUGCGGCGAAAGUUUUAGGACGUCUAGUAUAAUGAAUACCCAUAAAGUUAAAAAACAUUCGGAAAGGACAGUGGCGUGUCCGCUUUGCGAUGCGAUGUUCCACUUGACUAGAGAGAUGAGGUGUCAUUUCAAAAAGGCCCAUUGGAAGCAAAAGAACAGGAAAUUCGAUCCAAGAGAGGUGAAGGAAUUAAGUCCGGCAUUUUACCAUCUUUUUGGAGAUGGGAGAUUGCCCAAAGUAGAGGGCGAAGAGUUGUAUAUCUCUUCAAAGUUUAAUGAGAAGUUUGGUUGAAGUUGUUGACGGUUGUAAAAAUGAAAUAAGCAAGUUGAAUUAAAUUCAAUACCUAAUUUAUAUUAUUUGGUUUGGUUUAUAUGGUCUAAGCUUAGACCUUAAAUUAAUAUUCUCAUACUUUUAUAAUUGUUUUCUUAAAUGUUAAAAUAAUCUAUUUAUUUAUAAUAUAGACCAUUGUAUGGGGGUGGAGGGCUGGUAACCUGAGACACAUGAAUCUUCCUAGUUCAGGUAUCAA